GAAUCAAACAUAUCCGGCGAGGGGGAGAAGCAGAUCUGACAGAUUUGAUUCAAAUUUUAAUUUUUUUUAUGAGCUUAAUUAGUUCAUAAAUGAUACUAAUAGAAAAAUCUAGAAAUUAGUCAAAUUAGUGAAGAGGAACAGUAGUGGUAAAAGGGUAAGGACUGGGAGGAUUAUCCUAUUAUCCUAUUAGAUAAUAUUUAUUGGGAUUAAAUUUUGGGUUAGUUGGCGGUGGCGGGAUUUCUGGAAGGAGGUCAACCCUGUGCGAACUGGGGCAAAGGAUCUUCGCCGGUGUUUGUUCUCCUGGGUCCGGUAAGUGGUAAUAUCUACCGGAGAGCCGGUGAGCGAGCCCUUUAUUCCGACCAAGUGCCAUCAACCUCGCAGUCGCAGUCGCAGUCGCAUCAGAUUUACAGUUCCGGUGAUUGUUGCAGCUUCUCACCAGUGUUACCAUAGUCGUCUACGGAAGAGCUAAGAAGAGGCCGUUGAGAUAGUCUCUGUCAUUAAUGUCGGCAUUUAAAUGGGCCUGUUCUUUUUUUUUAUUUAUAAUGUUUUCUUUAGAAUAAGAGGCGGUAGCUGUGUGAGAGAGCGACUGAUAAAUCAGUCAAGAAUUCGUUUCUCUCUCUUAAUAUUUUAUCAUUCUCUCUGAUGAGAGAGAUAGGGAGGGAACAAAAUUUGAAGGUAGAAGAGAGUUCAUAGAAGCAAAAAAGAGCUGACGAAGAGUUAUUGGCGAAGGGGAAGAGGAAACAAAGAGAGGGGACUGGCCAGAAUUUCCUUCUGUUUCUUCCUUUGUUCUACUACUUUGGAUCAGCAGCGCUAGAGGAGAAACAAGUGUCGCAUCAGAGCUUGUCAUUUAAGGUAAGAGUUAAAGAUAUAGAACAGUACACAGAGUAGGGGGAGGAGGACUGCAUUUCUCAAAUCCCCAUUAAAUUCUAUUACUCAGGCGUGUACGAAUAAGUAAUGGGAUGCCCAGGUAGAUGAACAAGUCGAAAAUGCAGAGAUCAUCGUUAUCGUCGUCGUUGUUGGAUUCAUCACAUGGUCGUUAUUCGUAAAGCAUGGCGGAUCGCAGGUGGAGUACAGUGGAGCUUCUUGCUCUUGCUUUUGUUCUCCUUAUCUUACUGUUUCAGUCUGUGUUGGGACAGUUGCAGCCGUUGAAUAAUCAGACAGAGCGAGCUGCGCUACUUGACCUCCGGUCGUCAUUAGGGCUGAGGGCCAAAGACUGGCCGCGCAAAGCUGACCCUUGUUCGGUUUGGACCGGCGUCCAAUGCAGGGAUGGUCGUGUCGUUGGAAUCAACAUAUCGGGGCUGAGGCGUACUCGCGUUGGUCGUCUCAAUCCACAGUUCUCCGUCGAUGGGCUUGCCAAUCUCACACUCUUGGCCUCCUUUAACACCUCUGGUUUUUUGCUUCCGGGCUCCAUUCCUGACUGGUUCGGCCAACGCCUCCACUCGCUGCAAGUGCUUGAUCUCAGGUCUUGUUCUGUAAUCGAUCCCAUCCCUUCUUCUCUCGGAAACUUAACCACUCUCAAUUCUCUUUAUCUCUCUAAGAAUAAUCUUACCAGCAUAAUCCCACCUUCGCUAGGUCAGUUGUUGAAUCUUUCGGUGCUUGAUCUCUCGCAGAACUUGCUCACUGGAUCCAUCCCUUCGUCUUUCUCCGCUCUCACCAAUCUUACCCUGCUUGACCUGUCUUCGAAUUUCUUGUCAGGCUCGAUUCCUCCCGCCCUUGGAACCCUCUCCACCCUUAGAUUCUUAAAUCUUUCCAGCAAUAGCCUUUCUGCAGAUAUUCCCGCCCAAUUUGGUGGCCUUUCUAGCCUGGUUGAACUUGAUCUCGGCUCGAAUUCCCUGUCUGGAUCGUUGCCUCCGGAUUUGAGAGGGAUGGGGAGUUUACAGAAGAUGUCAUUGAGUAAUAAUUUUCUUGCAGGAUCGUUGCAGAGUACCUUGUUUUCUGGUCUCACGCUGUUGCACUUUGUGGUAUUGAGUCACAACAAUUUCUCUGGUAAUCUUCCCGUUUCAUUAUGGUCAAUGCCUCAGUUGCGCCUACUUGAUGUGUCUAGAAAUAACUUCACGGGUAUUCUUCCAAACCGUAGUUCAAAUGCUAAUGUCACACUUUCAGUGUUCAAUCUCUCGGACAAUCAGUUUUAUGGAUCUCUAACUUCCCUUGUUGGGAGAUUCCGUUUUAUUGAUCUGUCUGCUAAUUACUUUGAAGGCAUUGUACCGAUUGAUACUCUGAGUAAUGUUUCUAUUGCUAACAACUGCCUUCAGAAUGAAUCAAAUCAGAGGAGUUUGGAGGACUGUUCAUUCUUUUAUGCACAAAGAGGCCUGCGUUUUGAUAAUUUUGGAGGGCCAAACACAACACAACCUCCCUCUUCAGCAGAAACGUCCAAGAACAAUGGAAAUUUAGCACCUAUUUUGGGUGGAGUGUUUGGAGGACUUGGUUUUAUCUUGAUUUUGGUAUCGGUUUUGGCACUAAUCUUAUUGAGACGUAAGAAUGGUGUUUCAGAUCAAAGAGGCAGUGAUGUAGGGCCUGCUCCUGCUGGAAGCAGCCCACCACCUCCUGGAGUAUCUAUUAACUUUUCAAGUUUGGGAGAUGCCUAUACAUACGAGCAGCUUCUCCAGGCUACAAGGGAUUUUAGUGAUUCAAACUUUAUCAAACAUGGCCAUUCAGGAGACCUCUUCCAAGGUGUCUUGGAAGGUGGCGUUAUUGUAGUAGUCAAGAGGAUUGAUGUCAGCUCAGUCAAGAAGGAAUCAUACAUGAGGGAGUUGGAUUUCCUUAGCAGGGUGUCAGAUACAAGGUUGGUGCCCCUUUUGGGUCACUGUUUGGAGCAGGAGAAUGAGAAGUUCCUCGUUUACAAAUACAUGCCAAACAAGGACUUGUCUAGUUCUUUGUACAGGAAGACCAAUUUUCAGGAUGACUUACAAUCUCUGGAUUGGAUAACGAGGCUUAAAAUUGCAAUUGGAGCUGCUGACGGUCUUUCUUAUCUACAUCAUGAAUGUUGUCCACCCAUUGUUCACAGAGAUGUUCAAGCGAGUAGUAUCCUUCUUGAUGAUAAAUUUGAAGUGCGGCUUGGAAGCUUGAGCGAGGUUUGCACUCAAGAGGGGGAUACUCACCAAAAUGUGAUCACCAGGUUUCUGCGGUUGCCACAGACCUCUGGACAAGGCCCUUCUGGUUCACUGUCUGCAACUUGUGCUUCUGAUGUCUACUGUUUUGGGAAGGUCUUACUUGAGCUAGUAACAGGGAAGAUGGGCAUCAGUGCAUCUGAUGAUGCCUCUGUAAAAGACUGGCUGGAGCAAACACUGCCUUACAUCAGUACGUAUGAGAAGGAACUGGUAACGAAGAUUGUGGAUCCAUCUCUCAUAGUAGAUGAGGACCUGCUCGAGGAGGUGUGGGCAAUGGCUAUUGUGGCAAGAUCAUGCCUCAACCCCAAGCCAUCAAAGCGCCCAAUCAUGAGGUACAUUCUUAAAGCAUUGGAAAACCCAUUGAAAGUGGUGAGGGAAGAGAAUUCCGGCUCUGCACCAUUGAGGACAACUUCAUCGAGGAGAUCCUGGAAUGCAGCUCUCUUUGGGAGCUGGCGUCACAGCUCAUUGGACAUUGCAGCCAUUCCAAGUGCCAUAAGAGAGGGAAGUGGUGUUUUAAAACAAUCAGGAACAGCAGGUUCAAAUGGUAGCGGGCAAGCUGGUGGAUUUGAUCAUUCAUUUUCCCGCAAGAUGCCGUCUAAAGAGAUUUUCCCUGAACCAGAUGAUUUUAGGGACUUAGAGAGGCCAGAGGAAGUCUAGCUUAAAGGGUUUGUGAUUCUUUGUUAAAUGUUAAUAAUACUACAGCAGGCUCCCCCCCAAUUUAGUGCCUGCUCGGUGUACCUCCCCACCCCCCCCCACCAAAAUUCUUCGGUUUCUGGAUGGGAGGAUCACCAGAAACAAUUCUUUCCCUUAAAAGGGGCGAUGCAACUGCGUAAAGCCUCAUGGGACAAUGUCCAGAAAAUUUUGCGGCAAAGCAUAGAGAAAAUGAUUUUUAGGGCAGUGGCACUGGGUUUUGUAAUUGUGGGUGCACAUAGAAGGAGAGGGAGAGAGGCUGGUGCCAUAUUUGAACUCAGUUGGAAAAGCUUGUUUGUUUAUGUAGGCAAGCUUCAAUUUUUAUAUUGUAACUGAUCCUUAUUGUUGGUUUCUUUUGAGAUGUAAAUUGUAACAGUUAAGGUUUUUCAGUCAAAUUAGAUUUUCUGAAGUUAAGAAGCAAAGAAGAAAAUUAACUCAAA